GUACACAAAUAUACAGGGUGUCUGAAAAAAUUCUCCAUACAUAGUGGAAAUUAACACUUUUUAUAAAGCAAAACUUGAUUUAUUAAACAUCCUCUACAUGAUUGCCAUUUCUUUGUAAACACACACAGUCCUCUCUCCCACUCAUGAUGAACUUGUGUUAACACAUCUGGUGUUAUGCAUGUAAUUACACAUCCAUUGCAACCUUGAUUUCAUUAUGUUUUUCUUUUUGUCAAAGGCGUUCUUAAAGGCUAUCUGGAAAAUAUAAUAUAUAGUAACUAAGGAUGAAACACUUUGCUAAAAAGUGUUAAUUUCCCCUAUGCAUGGAGACUUUUGGGACACCCUGUAGAUAAGUUUACGUAGAAGCUAAGGUUUAAAAGAAAGUAAUGCUCAGGUUUUGCUUAAGUGUUGUGUCAGAGUACAGAAUUUGUUGUCUCUUAGAUUAACUGCAGAUAAAAACCUCAGUAUUAUUUGCUGUUAGCUUUGGAGCCUCAUCUGCAGAGUUAGCAAGAUUAUUUAUGGGCUUGGAUCAGUCCAGUCUUGUCAGGAAUAGUAGUUCUACAUUCAAGGCUUUUAAAGGCAUAACUUAUUAAAGAGACCCAUUAAUAAUUGAAACAUGAGUCCUGAUUAAAAUCUAAUCAAGCCCUGUCAGAUGAAGUCAUCUUAUGUUGUUUUCCUUUUCUGGCUCAAAGGAAAAGCCUCUGUCAUUCAUCAUCCAGUUUCAGAGCCCAUGGGUGAAUCAUAUAUCUGUCAUGUGAUCGUGGAAAGUUUCAGCACAAUGUGGAAGCUAGCAAACCCUCAACUGUAAAUAUUUUGUUAUGAGAAUGAAGGAUAAACUAAAUAUUAGCCAGUAGUCUGUUGUGAAAGCUUGUAUAAAAGAUAUUUCAAUGGUUUGGGUGUAAGGUGUCUGCUGGGUUCUUGUGUGGCCUUGGUUUAUACUUUGUGUAAACAUUUUGGAGGAAGGGUGGUCAGGACAUUUUUCUACUGCUGUUUGCCAUCUAACGUAUUUUGUAGACGCAUAUUAGACCUUUUUAUCUGUAUCUUCAUCACGCUUUGGCUUAGUGCCCUAAGCUGAACAGAAUAUCAGGGUUUGUAAUUUUUAUAUCUGUAGCUAGACCUUGUUGGAAUCAACUGUGUCAUCAUAUUAAACUCCUGUUUAAUAGAAAUAAUAACCAUUUGGAAAAAUGUCUUGGUAAGUGAUCUCAAUAGUCCACAAUAUCCCAAGUUUCUUCUCAGACUUGGCCACUUUUAGUUUUUGAUUAUAUAGAGGUUUAAAAUGAAUAAGAAAACAGCCUUUCAGCUACCAUCUUAGUCUUAUAUAAGAUAAAAAAAAAACUUACAUCUAAUCUUACACAACCUACAUGGUUAGAAGUGUCUCCUUUAUAUCCAGAAGGUACCGUGAAGCACAUGUUCCCUUUGUGUAUUAUAACUCACCGUUUAUACCUACAGUUAUAUAAGUGCGUUUCACAAUCAAAAUGUCUGACCAUCGUGAUGACAUGACUGCCUUGGAGCAGACUUCAUAUAACCACUCGGUUUAUAUAAAUGUUUGCCCUUUAAGUCCCUCGAGCAUCUCACAUAUCUGAAUAUCUCCAGAAGUGGAGAGGUGGUGAUUGACUUCUGGACUGUGGCCACUCGCUUCUCCUACUGACCAUCAGGAAGUAUAAAGAGUGGGCAGCUUUAAUUUCUGUGAAAAAAAACAACAACCCAGUUCUUUGAGCCAACCACAGACCCAUCUUUCUGCGUCAUCACGGAGCCGAGUUCAUGUGUAAUGUGACCGCUCUAAAACUAGGCCGAGAAAACAAUUGAGGAGAACAGAGUGCGCUGCCUUGAAAAAUAUUGGCACUGCAUUGGAAAUACCCAAAAGGCAUGAGAGAUAUUAAAAUUAAUAGCACAUUUGUUUGAUAGGGUACCUACUGCAAGACUGACCAGCUUCGUCUGAUUUUGGAGAUGACCAAAACGUAAGGUUUGGAUGUUAAUUUCCAUGUGCACAUGACUACUGAAAAGAUUGUAACACCAGAAAAUUCAGUUCCAUGCAUCAUGCUGAGUGCAGUAUCAGGACUGCAUGAAAAACAUGGCAGGCUUGGAGAGUGUGAAUCAUGCCGUAUGCUCUCUGAGAGGUAUGAGUGAGCUGCUCUGUGUGGGUGUAUGAGAGAAGAAGGAUGUAUGUCCCACUCAAGCUGAAACUGGACAUCCAAGAGCUGUGGAAUGGGAGUCACCUAUACAAGCAGGCCAAGUGCACCUACGCAGCUAACAUAAAUGAAAACCAUCUCUAACGUUAUAAAAUCAGUUCAGGUUCCUCAAGAUAAUACUAUUAGAAAUUGCCCAAAAUCAUGUUUCAGAAAGUUUAACACACUUAUACCAUAGUGUAGUUGAAUUCUUGAACCCGAUUGGUUAGAAGGUGUACAUUUAUUUUUGUAGAAGAGCAGGGCUCGGAAAGUAUUUCUGGACAGUUGAAGAUCACCUCUUUUUUUUUCCAGUCUUCAGCUGACCAGUGUGGGUGAGUAUGUGCCUAUGAUGGUCUCAGAUUCUUGUUCUUGGCUGACAGGAGUGGAACCUGAUGUGGUCUUCUGCUGUUUUACGGAUGCUGAGAUGCUUUUCUGCUCGCCAUGGUUGUAAAGAGUGUUUAUUUGAGUUACUAUAGACUUCUGGUCAGCUCAGACCUGUCCGAUCAUUCUCCUCUGAUCUCGCUCAUCAACAUGGUGUUCCGGAUGUUUUUUGUUUUGCACACCAUUCUGUGUAAACUCUAGAGAUUGUUUUGUGUAAAUCCCAGGAGCUCGACAGUUUCUGAAAUACUCAAACCAGCCUAUCUGGCACCAACAUCCAUGCCAUGGCCACAGGGAUGUAACUUUUUCUUCAUUCUGAUGUUUGAUGUGAACAUUAACUGAAGCUCUUGACCUGUAUCUGCAUAUUUUUUUUUUUUUUUGCAUUGCAUUGCACUGCUCUGCCAUAUGAUUUGCAUGAUCCAGCUUUUUAAAAAAAAAAUCACCCACCCCUAGCUCAUGACAUACCUGACUACGAUUGAUGUCGUCGUUGACUCCAUUAUGAUGUGAUUUUCUGAUUCAAGACUUAAUGUUUUGCUCUGCUUUAUGAUUGUCUCUCUGUCUUCAGUUCCAUUAAUGCCUUGUUUUCAUUGCAGGACUCAAAUGGCUGACAGCAGGACCACAUUCAGUUACAUUCCAGUCAGGAAAAAUCUGGUCGAUUCUACUCAGUUCAUUGUGCCAUCUUGUGGGAAAAGUGUAGAACUGCAUCAAACCAUCAGAAAAUAUUGUUGAAUAGAUAGACCCUGUACAUGCAUUCACAGAUAAACAAUUAAACACACAUCUGCCAUACGUGUUAUUUAACACAGUAUGCCUGGUAUAUUUUUAAAAAGUUUCUGAAAAAGCUUUAAGAUUUUUUUUUUUUUCCUGUCGUCGAAAUCGCCAUCCUAAAGGAUGCACGAGAAAUGUGCAGUCGGAUUCACAAUGAGCGGAAAGUGACCUGCAAACAUCCAGUCUCUGGUGCACCAUCACAAGACAACUGCAUCUUUGUUGUAAACGAACAACCAGCAGCUAAAACACCAGCUACUGAGAAGAAGGAACGACCCACGAGCAUCAUGAGUGAGGCAUCCAACUACACGGGUGGCUCAGAUUACAUGACGCACCCAAGCAGUCCAACAACUAGACAAUCAAGGUCAUCUAAAAAAGUCCAUAAUUUUGGAAAGCGGUCACACUCCAUAAAGAGAAACCCAAAUGCUCCAGUAGUCAAACGCAGCUGGCUUUAUAAACAGGACAGCACAGGAAUGAAGAUGUGGAAGAAGAGGUGGUUUGUGUUGUCCGAUAUGUGCCUCUUCUACUAUAAAGAUGAAAAGGAAGAAGGAAUCCUUGGGAGCAUCCUUUUACCAAGCUUCCAUAUCUCUCUGUUAUCUGUGGAUGACCACAUAAGCAAGAAAUACGCCUUCAAGGCCACACACCCAAACAUGCGGACAUACUACUUUUGCACUGACACAGCCAAAGAAAUGGAGUCUUGGAUAAAAGUGAUGACCGAUGCUACACUUGUCCAUGCUGAGCCAAUCAAAAGACUGGAAAACGUAAAGGUAGACCCACGCAGCCCGCUGGAGAUGAACAACAUGCUAAAUCACUGGGUUCUGACUCAACCCGAGAUCCAAAAUAAUGAGAAGAACCGUGAGAGUCUUCACCUCGAGGACAAAAAACAGAAACGGCUGGAGAAACAGCCCAAAAUCUACAGAGAGAAAGAAAGAUGUGCCACUCAGAAAGACUCAGAAAAGUACCAAGUUCAAAAAGAAGGUGAAAAGUAUGCUCUAGAGAAAGAUGGACAGAAGUAUCCUCAUCAGAAGAGUGGAUAUAGGUACAUGCUACAGAAAGAUGUGGAAAUGUUUGGUGUACAGAAUGAUGGAGAAAAGUACGCCUCUACUCUGCAAAAGGAUAGUAAACGGCAUGCCCUCCAGAGAGAUGAAGAAAUAAAUCUGCUACAGAAAGAUAUGCAAAGAUACACUCUGCACAAAGACAGUGACAAGCACGUGCUUCCAAAGGACAGCGAGAUAUAUGGUGUGCACAAAGACAGUGAGAAAUAUCUCCAGACAGAUGGAGGACGACCUACACAGAAAACCAGUGUGCAGAAAGAAGCAGAGAGGCCCAGGCUUCAGCAGGAAGAAGAAAAUUACAGCUUGCAGAAGGAUGAGAAUGUGGAGCAGACACUCACCAAACUUGACAGCGUCAAGCUGCAGCCUGUGCAGGCAGCCACUGUUGUCCCGGCUGCGUCUUCCUCAUGGCAACUGCAGAGCAGAGGAGGCUCAGCUCAGUAUAAAGCUGCACAAGUGAAUGGCUCUGGAGGAGAGCAGAGCCCAGGAGAAAUGAGUAACACCAUUCCACAAAGGACAGCAAUAAAGCCUCAGCAGCCUGCAGAGCCAGAGAGGAGCUUAAGCAGGUCUAAUUCCAUUCAGUUGGAGCAGUAUUUUAGGGCGCAGCGUACCAGGGUUCAGGAUGACGACACGAAGAGCAUCACUUCAUAUCAGACUCUGCCCAGGAACAUGCCUAGCCAUAGGACACAGGUGGUGCCACGCUAUCCCGAGGGCUACCGCACGCUUCCACGUAACAUGCUGCGGCCAGACAGCGUCUGUAGUGUGGCAGGUUCAAUGUACGACUGUGCGCUGCAGCCCGUGGCAGCAGAGAAGAGGCGCUCUAUGCGAGAUGACACUUUGUGGCAGCUGUAUGAGUGGCAGCAGAGGCAGGCCUACAGCCGUAUGGGCUACAGCACACUGCCCAGCCCCAAGACUCUGAGCCACAUUGCAGAGUCCAUCCCCUCAUCACCCUCGCAUGGCUCCCUGGCUCUGUACCACUCCGUCUCCCCCAACCGGCCCUACAAUCCCAGCACAUGCUCUGAAGUUUCCUCACCUGUGUUCCGUGGAGAUGUCAGCAUCGACCGGCGUCACAGAGCACACGUUGCAAAGUAUGCAUACCCACCUGACUGCAGGGUCCCAGCAGCUCAGAGCAUCACACCGCAGUCCCUGCAGGGUAAAACGAUGAGUCCUGAGGCAUACAGCGACAGCAUUUAUGCCUACAGACCUGAAGAACUAGAUGUUGAUACAAAGUUGAGCAGGUUGUGCGAACAAGGCAAAGUGGUGCGAACACAAGAGGAGAAGCUUCAGCAACUCCACAGAGAGAAGCACACCCUAGAAACAGCCCUUUUAUCAGCAAGUCAGGAGCUCGAGAUGAGCGCGGAUAACCCAGUGGCCAUGCAGAGCCUCAUACAGCAGAGGGAUGUACUGCAGAAUGGCCUUUUGAGCUCCUGCAGAGAACUAUCCCGAGUCAGCACUGAGCUGGAUAGAAGUUGGAAAGAGUACGAUAAACUGGAGGCCGACGUGACCGUGGCUAAGAGGAACCUGCUCGAUCAGCUGGAGGCUCUCGGCAGUCCACAGACAGAACCCCCUAGUCAGCAGCAUGUCCAGAUUCAAAAGGAGCUGUGGAGGAUUCAGGACGUGAUGGAUGCACUGAACAAAAAUAAACCAAAGAGAAGCGCUGAGCCAAGUUUUCCAAUCUCUGGUCUUCAGAAAAAGGAGGGUCCGGACUACAGGCUGUAUAAGAGUGAGCCGGAGCUGACAACAGUGGCUGAAGUAGAUGAGAGCAAUGGCGAGGAGAAAUCUGAACAGGCUGCUGAAAAAGAGCCCUCUAGUACUAAAGUGUCCUAUCCUGUGGGAGUAGUGAGCCCAAGGACAAAGUCACCUCUGCCAGUGUCCUCCACUAUUGCUUCUUAUGUGACUUUGAGGAAGGCCAAGAAACCUGAAGCAAAAGCAAACCGUCCAAAUAGUACAGUGGAGCACAUCAGCAGUAGUGUAGAGGGAGUUCGCCAGCGCAUGAGUGUUGAGGAGCAAAUGGAGCGGAUUCGGAGGCACCAGCAGGGCGCGCUGCGAGAGAGAAGGAGGGAAGAUGGUUCUCUUUCCCGCAGUCUUUCCUUCACCAAAGACACCUCCUAUUACUACACCCUGCAGAGCACAAAAAGAAGGGAGAUGUCAGCUGGAGACUCGUACCAUAUCAGAGCCGCUAUGUUCAAAGAAAACUGCAAAGCAUUGGAGCAGGAGCAGGGAAAAGUGGUGUCGGGGCCUGAGUUUGGCGAUAAGGUCCCUGAAGCCAGCAGAAGUCCAGAACAUCGCAAACCCCGGGGCACUGAGGACAGUCUGCAGACUGCAGUGAUGGUACGAGUGGGGACAGAGGAAAAUGAUGAUGAUGAAAAUCUCUCUGAACAAGGUCGAGAUGAGAUCGUCAAGGCCUCCUACAAUCUGACGUCCUCUAAACACAGCACGGCGGUUUCAGUGAACAGCUUUACCAGUUCGCCUCAGUCUCCAAGCUCCUCUCCUCUUCCUUCUUCCCCUCCUCACCUCCCUGAUGGUUCCCACUUCAUCGUUGCCACCAACAUCCAUAAACACUGACACGUGAAGAAGGUACUAAUGGAGAACCAAAAACGCAGCCUUGUAGAGGAGCGAGAGGCCGCACCGACAACCCGGUCGCAGCUCAUGCCAUUGCUCUAAAUACCAACUGCCACAGAAGAAUUACACGAACAGGUUACCUUAGAGUUAUUAAUGUUAUUAUUUAUAAUAUUGUUCUUAUUUUCAUGUUUCAUCGUGUUUUUAAAUGAUUGCGAGUUUUAUUCUGUGUUUAGGCAUUUUGUAUAAAAGGAUAUGAGCAGUGCAGUGAGGAGGGUCUACUGAUUUUACAGGUUUAUUAUAAAGAGUAGCCACAGUCUUUUCAGUGGGUGGGAAGUGGGAUAGAGCUACAUGCUCUCUCACAUACGUACAUGCCCACAUGCACACGUUACUUCAAAUAUCCAGGAGUUAUGCACAGAAUCUGCUUAUUUCUUUAUUUAAAAAGUCUGGCUCUUUUACCGCUGAUAAACACUCCGGUUUUAGCAUAAUAUCUUUUGCACUGUAUAACACCUCACUGAUAUUUUUUUUUUUUUUUUUUAAGUAGUAAUGUGUUUAUCAAAUUAUCUGUACAGAACACACACACAGUGUGAAAGGUGAUUUCAUUAAAGCACUGCUAUACAGUAACACUGCAGAUGAAAAUAUAUUAUUUUAGGUUUGUAAAGAAACUUUAGAUAGUCUGUGAGUUCUUGCAGCACUGUUCCCCAAACAGAACAUUCAUGAACAUUCAUUUUAUAUUUCUAUGGCUGAGAUAUAUUUAACUAAAGAUAUAAUUAAAGAGAGUAUUCACAAAAAAAGAGAAGAAGAAUAAAAGAUUUGGUUUAGUGUGGUCUCUGUCCAUGUUGGGGUCCAUCUAGAAAAGUAUAGCACAUGUAAAGGUAAAAAGCAAUAACCAGGGUUUUGGUGUUAACUUUAUUGUAGAAGAUGUAAAGAUCAUAUUGUAUAUAAUGUACACCAUACAAUAAAAUUAUAAAAACUUAUCUAAGGAGUCAAUAUGCAAAUCUCAUCUGUUUUAUAUCAUGUGAAAUAAAUGUUGUUAUAAAAGGUG